AUGACAGAGAACUUGAUUGUUUUUCAAACACACGUGGAGUUUUACAUGGAUGACACAGGACUGAGCUAUGCGCAUCCGGUGUUUAUUGUAUUCGGAUCUACAGCUACAGGUGAGCCAGCGCAAGUACUUAUCAGGAACUUCUAUCCGUAUAUAUAUAUUGAGAGUGCUAACGGAAAGGAGUACAAAGAGAAUGACAUAAUGAAUUCAAUCAAGAAGCUUGACAUAAAAGGAAUGAUCUUAGAAGUUGAGGCUGUGUUUAAACAAAGUAUCCUUGGAUAUUCAGACACGAAAUCACGCUUCUACAAGCUGACGUUCAAUACACCUCAUAUAUUUACAAGUGUUAAGACAGUGCUUGAGCAAGGGAUAAUUGUGAACAAAGAAAGAGUUGUGUUCAGAAUGUAUGAAAGCAACAUUCCAUUUGUGAUGAGGUUUAUGUGUGAUCUUGGAAUGGUGGGAAUGAGUUAUAUCAAAAUAAGGCAGUAUGAAGUAGUAGAUGCAAAGCCAUUGACAGUAGCGGCAUCAUAUGAAUCAAUAGAAUGUCUUGCGCCAGAAGGCAGUUACGUGAAGCUUCCUCCACUCAAGAUCCUAAGCAUUGAUAUUGAGUGUGUAGGCAGUAAUGGGUUUCCUUCGUCUAAGGUUGAUCCAAUUAUACAAAUUGGAAACACUGUGAGUCUGUAUGGAAGUAAAGAUCAGAUGACACAAGAUAUCUUCUGUCUGAAAGAGACGACUGGAAUUCCAGGCGCAAACGUACAUUGGUAUGAUACAGAGAAAGAGCUUCUUGAAGGAUGGAAAAAGUACUUUAUGGAGGCUGAUCCUGAUAUAAUUACUGGAUACAACAUCAAGGGAUUUGAUAUUCCAUACAUCCUAGAUAGAGGAGAGGCAGUGGGUAUAGAAGGAUUUUCAUUUAUUGGGAGACUUGGUAAGAAGGCCAAGAUAAGAGAUACAACGAUGUCUGGCAAUAUGUUUGGAUCGAUCAUGACGACUGAGGUUGACAUUGGAGGGCGAUUGGUAAUUGAUAUGAUGCUUGUGAUACGAAGAGACUUCAAGCUGAGAAGCUAUUCGUUAAACUCUGUCAGCAUACACUUUCUAAAAGAGCAGAAGGAAGAUGUGCCGUACUCUUCUAUUGGAGUACUGCAAGCAGGAGACAAGGACAGUAGACGGAGAAUAGCAUCAUAUUGUUUGAGAGACACCCUACUAACACUUCGCUUGUUCAACAAGCUGAGUGUCUUAGUGAACUACACAGAGCUCUCGAGAGUCACUGGUGUUCCGAUUGAAUAUUUCUUUAGCCGUGGAAUAUCUAUCAAGAUGUUUUCAUUGAUAUACAGGAUGGCAAGCAAGGAAGGAUAUGUUGUUCCUGUUAUUGAAUCAUUUGAGCAGAAUCGAGGAUUUGAGGGAGGGUUUGUGAUGGAUCCUAUCCGAGGUUUUUACGACAAGCCAGUGUCUGUGAUGGACUUUAGUUCGUUGUAUCCAUCUAUAAUGAUCAGUAAGAACCUGUGUUACACGACCUUGCUAACGAAGGAGCAAUAUGGAAAGGUUGGGGGAGUUGAGACGCCCACGGGAGAUUACUUUUGUAACACAGAAACAAAGAAAGGACUACUGCCCAGGAUUCUGGCAGAUCUGCUAGCAUCUAGAAGAACAAUAAGAAAGGCAAUGGAGGAAGAGAAGGAUGAGGAAAUAAAAGUGUGUCUGAAUGGCAGACAGUUAGCAAUGAAGUUGUGUGCAAACUCGAUAUAUGGAUUUACAGGGGCUAGCACAGGAAAGCUGCCAUGCUUUGAGAUAUCACAGAGUGUAACUGGACUGGGCAGAGAGAUGAUAACGUAUGUGAAGAAACUGAUUGAGCAGACGUUUUGUAAAGCGAGUGGAUACAGCCAUGACAGUGUGGUAAUAUAUGGAGACACCGAUUCUGUGAUGAUUAGCUUCAAUGAACCUGACAUGAAGAAGGUUUUUGAGAUGAGUAAGGAAAUAAGUGAAAUGGUCUCGAGUAAGUUUGUGAAGCCGGUGUGUUUGGAAUUUGAGAAGGUGUAUUGUCCGUAUCUACUGAUUAACAAGAAGAGAUAUGCAGGACUAAUGUAUUCGAGUCCUGACAGUCCGAGCAAAAUUGACACAAGAGGGAUUGAAACAGUAAGAAGAGACAACUGUGAGCUUGUAAGAGACGUUGUAGAGUCAGUACUUGAGAAGAUUUUGUACCUAAGAGAUGUAGAAGCAGCAAAGGUGCUGGUGAAGAAUGUGAUAAGAGAUUUGCAUCAAGGAAGAGUGGAUCUGAGCCUGCUUGUGAUUUCGAAGUCGCUUACCAAAACAGGAGAUAAGUAUGAAACGAAGCAAGCGCAUGUAGAACUUGCAAAGAAACUGAAAGAAAGGGACGAGAGUACUGCACCGGUGCUUGGAGAUCGGGUGCCAUAUGUGAUAGUUAGGAAGGGGAAGAAGAUGGCGGCAUAUGAGAAGAGCGAGGAUCCUGUAUAUGUGCUUGAGAAUGACCUUCCGAUUGAUACCGAAUAUUAUAUUGAUCAACAACUAUCGAAACCUUUGAGCAGAAUAUUUGAGCCGAUUAUGGAUAAUGUUUCUGAGCUUUUUAAGGGAGACCACACAUUGGCAAUCUCAUCAGUUUCUGUGCAUGGCCCGAUGAAUGCAUUUGUGAAAGCAGCAACGACAUGUGUUGGAUGCAAAUCUACAGGCAAGGUGUUGUGCGAAGGAUGUGUUGAUGACUUUCAUGUGCACUUGCAGAGGAUGCAGAAUGAGGUUGAGGAGAAGAAGGAAAGACUGAAUAGUUGUUGGGUAGAAUGUCAAAGGUGCCAGGGAAGUAUUCAUGGACAAGUUCUAUGUGUUAAUAGGGACUGUCCCAUCUUCUACAUGCGAACCAAGGUGAAGAAAGAAUUGAUUCCUCUUAGUGAGAGACUUGAGAAUCUAAGGAUGUUUAAUUGGUAG